UCCCCGCGGUUGCCCGCGCCGCCCCGCCCCCGUUUUUAAACCUGGCGCGCGGGUAGGUGAGCGCACUAGCCCGAGUGGAUCUAGGCGCGCGCGGAGUCCGGCGCCGCAGCAGGGGGCGCGGGCUCAGCCGGCACCAUGGAGUCUGAAGCGGCGGCCGGAGCCCGGAAGGCGCGGGGGCGCGGCUGUCACUGCCCGGGGGACGCUCCCUGGAGGCCUCCGCCACCGCGCGGGCCGGAGAGCCCCGCGCCCUGGCGACCUUGGAUCCAGACACCUGGAGAUGCUGAGCUGACCAGAACGGGAAGGCCGCUUGAACCUAGGGCUGACCAACACACUUUUGGAUCAAAGGGAGCCUUUGGGUUUCAGCAUCCUGUAAGAGUCUGUUUACCUAUGUCAAAGCGUCAAGAAUACCUGCAGAGCUCCGGGGAGCAAGUGCUGGCCAGUUUCCCAGUGCAAGCCACGAUUGACUUCUACGACGAUGAGUCCACUGAGUCUGCUUCGGAAGCUGAAGAGCCAGAGGAAGGACCUCCACCCCAGGAGGCGGGAGGUCUGCAGGAAAAAGGCAGAGACCAGGGCAUCAACUGAGGGCAGCGAUCCUCAGGAGGGGGUGACCCCUGGGGGGCUCCCU